UCACCACACACAAACACACGCCACACCAAUCUCUCUUUUUAAUUCUUCUUCCUCUUCAUUAGAAAUUUCAAUACCCGUUAUUUCAUCUUUGUUCAGUAAAAAAAAAAAUCAUGUUACUUAAGGCAGCACCAGCCUUUUCUCUAUUGAACGCGACAGGGGAUAAUCUGGGUUCCCUGUUUCCAUCUGUUUCUUCUCUGUCUAACAAAAAUCUUUCUGUUUCCCCUUCAUUUCUUCGCUCAAAAACUGGGUCUGGAUUCGUUGUUUGUGCCUCAAAGGGGGCUAAUAAUAGACCUUUAACUGGUGUCGUCUUUGAGCCUUUUGAGGAGGUUAAGAAAGAACUGAAUCUCGUGCCUAAUGUGCCACAAGUUUCUCUUGCCAGGCAGAAAUUUACCGAUGAGAGCGAAGCCGCCAUCAAUGAACAGAUCAAUGUGGAGUACAAUGUCUCAUAUGUGUACCAUGCGAUGUUUGCCUACUUCGAUAGAGAUAAUGUGGCACUCAAGGGCCUUGCCAAGUUUUUCAAGGAAUCUAGUAUCGAAGAAAGAGAGCAUGCUGAGAAAUUGAUGGAAUACCAGAAUAAACGGGGUGGAAAAGUGAAGCUGCAGUCUAUUUUGAUGCCCCUCUCUGAGUUUGAUCAUGCGGAGAAGGGAGAUGCACUGUAUGCAAUGGAGCUUGCCUUGUCUUUGGAAAAACUAACGAAUGAAAAGCUCCUGAACUUGCAUAGUGUGGCCGAGAAGAACAAAGACGUGCAGUUGACAGAUUUCGUUGAAAGUGAGUUUUUAGCUGAGCAGGUGGAUGCUAUCAAAAAGAUCUCAGAAUAUGUUGCUCAGCUGCGAAGAGUGGGUAAAGGACAUGGAGUGUGGCACUUCGACCAGAUGCUCCUCCAUGGGGAAGAAGUAGUUGCAUAAUCAUGAAGCCAUCUUGUUUUCUACCUUGCUUGAAGUACCAUUUAGGAGGGCGUUCUGUGCCUAUCUUUUUGUGUUAAUCAUUCUAGUUUUUGCUAAGGGAUUUUUGGGGUGUGGUUGGUUAGCAAAGAUGCUUUGUUGUCCAGGAUUGAACAUGAGUUUAGCCAUCGUUUCAAAAGCUUGAAGGUAGUUAAAAAUA